UUAGACGGAAGUACAGGCAAACGAUACUGAAAUUGACAUGAUCAGGUUGUUGAGCUUGGCUGCAAUGAUGGACCAAUCACUAGAGCUUUGAUAAAACCAGCAAUGUGGUCAGAGCCAUCAGAAGAAUGGAAAGAAGGAUUCAAAGCUGCGUUCCAAGUCACAAAUCAUCCUUUUUUGCAAUUACCUUCAAUCGCUCCGAAGAAGAUUAUCUGCAUUGACAAGGAUGUUGCAACUUUAUCAAAACUUGGAGCUCAAAUAGAUUCAAAUAAAGUUACCGAACAGCAGCAAAGUCUCCUGCGAUUCUCGCAAUUAAAAGUAGAAUUGAAUGCAACCGAUUAUAGAAAUAUCGACUUUCCCAACGUUGAAAUCGACGUCCUUGUCGCUUCAGAAUUCAUCGAGCAUCUUGAAGAUGAUUGCCUUGAUGAAUUUGGACCUCGAGUGUUGGGCGAUUGGAAGCCAAAGGAGGUCAUCAUCACCACACCAAAUUAUUCUUUCAAUGUCAAGUUCAAAAAUGACCAACAUCGUUCUACAAAGUACAAAGACCCGACCGGCAGAACUGAUAGAGUCUUCCGACAUUCUGAUCACAAAUUCGAAUGGACUAAAAAUGAAUUCAGAUCAUGGAUUGAAAAGAUUGCAGAAAAGUACGAAUAUCAAGCAAAGUUUGAUGAAGUUGGAAAGGGUUAUCAACGUAUUGACGGUGAAAAACAAGAAGAUUUAACUGAUGGAGAAGAUGCUCGCUGUGCAAGUCAAUGUUGCAUCCUGACACGUAUUUGGCCGAAAGAACAGUCUGAAUCUUCGAUUGCUCAAGAGAGUGAGGUAUCAUACAGGACAGCAUAUACUUUCAUGGCGUCCGACAUUCAAGUUUGCGAGGACGAAGGAUUUGAUACCUUUGAGGAUGCGUUCGAGGAUCUUGCAAUCGAGACUGAAGAAGGUUUAAUGGCGAAUCUAUACCAAAUCUGGUUGGAUGAAGAAGUCCGUAAAGCAUACCACGGAAGAUUGGAAUCCUUCUUGCCAAAUGCAAAGAGCAUGCAAGGGAAAGGUUAUACGAUGGUGGUAAAGGAAGGCGAUAUCUAUAUUUUGAAAAAGGCUAUUCCUAUCUAGAUGACGGGAUCACAUCUCUUUCUGUUGUCUUCUUUUCA